AGCUGAGAGCCGCAGAUCGCUGUGCCAUGAGCUUCCGCGCUGUCGUCGCUGUGUUGAGCCUGCUCGUGGCCUUGGCCCACGCGUCCCAUGUGGUCGAACUCACGAGCGACUCGUUCGAGCACCUUACGCAGGCGGCCACGGGCGCGACGACGGGCGACUGGCUCGUCGAGUUUUACGCACCAUGGUGUGGCCACUGCAAGCACUUGGCACCAGUCUACGAAGACGUGGCCAAUGAGCUGCACGGUACCGUCAACGUGGCGAAGGUGGAUGUGACGGCGAACGCGGCUUUGGGCCAGCGCUUUGACAUCAAGGGCUUUCCGACGAUCCUUCUCUUCCACAAGGGCUCCAUGUACGAGUAUGGCUCGAACGAGCGCACGAAGGAGGCUCUGGUUGCAUACGCCUCGGGCGGCUUUGCAUCGGGCUUGAAGAAGCCGGUGCCCACCGUGCCGACGCUCAUGGACGAGGCGACCAAGCACGCGCACAUCAUUGUGAAGGACCUCAAGACGCUGCUGGGCACGAAGAAGAAUGCGAUCAUUGCGACUUUUGCCUUUGGUCUUGCGAUCGGCCUCGCGCUCGGCUGCUUCUGCAACUGCUUUUCGAGUAGCCGCGAGUCGCCCAAGCAAAAGCGCGCGUAGUGCCAUGUUUGCCCUAAGUUAGCCUAGUGAUUCCUCUCGAGCAUACUACAUAUAGGUCCCGUCGUGUCUUAUCC